UCUUCAGGAUUUGAAAAUCUCAAUCAACACCAGUCAACUUUCGAUGGAUUCCAUAGAAGGGGCUCACGCUCAACAAGACGUAAAAAAUGCUGGAUCAUCAGAUGCUAUUGACAAUUUUCAAGCAAUUAGUCAUGACAACAAGGAGAAACCAGAGAAGAAUAUAAAGCUUGGAAAAAGUGUAAAAGUUUUAUGUGACGAAGGCUCUAACCUUUCAGAUGUUCCGUUAGAUGAUCAUGCCUGUCUUCCUGGUGCUGGAGGAAUUGGCACAAGUAAUGGAAAUGAUGAUGAACUUGGUCCAUCUUCAAAAUUUUCAAGAACUGAAAAAGCAAAAUCGUUAAAAUCAGGGUCAUAUAAUGUUGAAAUUCUGAAUGUCUACCAAUCGAUAAGCAUUAAUAUCAAAAACAAAAUACCAAAGGAAGUAGAUGCCAUCUUGCAGUUAAUAUGUGCAUGUCUAAAUUCAAAGAAACCGAUUACACUUAAAUUGGAGAAUAAACAUUUUAAAACUGCCAAAACUAAAGAUUUUGAGGAAUGGUAUGACAGACUGGAGAAAAAAAUGAAAUCCUAUUUUCUUGAUACUCCAACUGAUUUAAUACAGCUCGAUAAGUCCAGCAACUGUAACUCAACGAAUAUCACCCUACAAAUACGUCCAGCAAAACUGUUAUGCUCAUUGGAUACGCAUUUAUAUUUCCCUGCUGUUUCGUCAGUCGACCAAGUGAAAAACGAGAAGGUUUUUGAAAUUUUAACUCACAAUAAAUGUUUUGGAGAGCUUCCCUUUAGUCAUGAUAACAAAUUUGUCCUCAAUCAAACUGUUAAAGAUCUGAGGAGAGAGGAUGUAGAUGUUCAGUUCAAGGCAAUAACUGGGAAAAACAUCCCAAGGACCCUAGUUGAUAUGGCAUCAAAAUAUAUUUCAGCAUUUGCUAACCAUAAAGGAGGAUCUAUUUACUUUGGAAUAGAAGAUACGCAUGCUUCAGUUGUCGGCGUAGAUAUUUCAAAUACCGACGAAAGUACAAUAGCUAACUCGUUGCAAGAAAGGAUCAGACAAAUGCAGUGGAUAAACAGUCCAUUGACAAUGGAGAAAGGUAAACAUUGGGAUAUAUGGUUUGAAGAAAUUGAUCAGAUGUCAGAAGUAUCUCAGGAAAAACAACUUAGAGUCAUCAUUGUUUCAGUUGCUGAAAUGCCUGGAGGUGUGUCCACAACAAUUCCGGAGUCAUUCUAUACAGACGAUGAUGGAAAUGUUUUACAAUAUAUGGACAUAUUACAAUGGAAACAUGAUUUUAUAAAAUCAUUUAAAGAAUGCCCAGCGACAAAAGCAGAUAUACAACAAAUAACCGAAAAGUUAGAUGAAAUUCACAAAGACAAAGGUGAAAUCAGUUUUGACGUCAAACAAGAAAAGAAGACAGUUACUAAAGUUACAAAUAUAAAAGAGAGGCAGCUUGUGCAAAAUCCUAUCUUCACUAAAAACAGUAACGAAUUAUAUGAGUGUAUGAAAAGAAAGAAGUGUGUUGUUCUCAAAGGCAUAAUUGGGUCGGGAAAAUCGGAGCUAGCACUUAGAUAUUGUUACAAUGCUUCAAAAGCAGAAACUGAAGUGGACACAUGGAAUGUUAAAUGCACAGACAAGUCCUCAUUUGAAAAAUCGCUACGUGAUAUUUUUCCUUAUCUUAAUAUUCAUGAAGUACCACCAAAACGAGACGAGGAGUUUCAAGAUGAAGUCAUAGAUGAGUUAUUUGCAGUUAUAGUAGAAACUGUGAAAAAUGAUAGGCACGAUAGAAGUCACAUUUUUCUGUUUGAUGACGUUAAAGACAUGACACGAGACAUUCUUGAUAUUAUUUUACAGAAAUGCAUACAAACAUUCAACAUUAAAUGUAUCGUUACAACAGUUCUUGCUUUUGAGCCAGAUGACGAAGUACUUAUAAUUGAUAUCAAAGGCUUCACAAAAGAAGAGGCGUUAGAUUUUAUAAGAGAGGGAAAAACGCUGACAUCAGAUGAAGAAGAAGUAUCUUGUAUUCUUUCACGAAAGUUGAGCUGUAAUCCAAAAGCAUUACAAAUUGUUCGAACCUACAUGAAAUAUACUCGAUUGACAAUUGGUGGUAUCAUUGAACGACUGAAACUUCCAUCGGAUAUUUUGAAAGUCGAAGAAAGUCGUGCUGUCAAGAGUAAAGUGAAAUUCAAAAUAUUUUCGCUUUUAGUCAGCAUUUUACAUGAAAUACAUCAAAAAUAUCAAGAGGAAAACAAAGAAGAAAUAUUUGAAAUGUGUUUGAUGCUACAAUAUGUGCAGGUUGAAAAAAUUCCAGUUACAAUUUUCUCAAAUAUCAAUGUUCAGAACUCCAGAAUGGAUACUGAUGAUCUACUCUACGUAGUGGAAAACUGUUCAUUUGGAACAGUUGAGGGUGAAGAUGAUGGCAUGUAUGACCGUCGCUUAUUAAGUACCCAUGACGUGGUUGUGUUCGCUUUGGAAAUUUAUUGCGAAUACAGAGGAACAUACAUCCAUUGGUCAAAAGAGGAUCUCUUGCAAAAAUUACUAGGGUCGUUUUUCUUGUUAAUGGAUAAAGAUAAUGUUAGCAGAUCCAGCCUCGAACAUCAUACCUUACUUUUACCUCAUGCUCGUUCCGUUAUUGAUCAUUUGAAUGAGUACAUCGAUGCCAAAAUUGCAAGUUCAACCUCAAACUGGUGUAUUACCAAUACAGAGCUAGUUCUAAAGAUGAUCUACAUGAAUGAUCUCGUGGGAUUUACAUCGGAUUUCAGUGAGACGUGCACGUCUUCAAACAAGUAUUUUAAUAAAGCCAAAUACCUGUUGUUUCAGAUGCUUAGCAUAGAUGAAGACAAAUGUGAUGAGGAAAUACAUCUAGCAUGCGAAAGUAUAACUGACAUUGAAGCUAUGAAAAAGAUUGCAGAAAAAUUAUCGUUUCCUAUAUGUCAAGCGAUUUUGUCUUUCAUUCAAAAUGAAGAUCAAAUGAAGGUAGUACAAAAAGUUGCCAAACACUUUUUGUUGUAUAAAAACCGGAACAUUAAUGAUGUCGAAUUCUUGAGCAGAAAGCUAGGAAAGAAGAAUUUUGAAAUGGGACCAAAACUAACGGAAGAUGAAUAUAAAAAACUUUGUAAAGAAGGGUUUGCGAUACCAGAUGAUUAUUUAGGACUUUUUUUCCUGUAUGAAAUUGUCACAUCAGUUCUUUAUACGUGUGGAAGAAGAAUGUUUUAUCUGCCGGGAAGCAGUCAAAAUAAAGAAGUAAGAUACUUUUGUGUGUAUUUAUACAUUGCUUAUCUAUUACCUACAUGUCUGUGUUACAGUCAGGUCAGUGAAAUGACAAAUCCUCAAGUAGAGAAACCCAGUGAGUUACUACAAGUUAUGGGAGAGCAAAGCAUCAACGAUGAAUUUGUAGGUAGCACUAUUCGACAUCCUACAGACACGUAUAGUGAUCUUGAAACAUUUAAUAUUUUGUCAACUAUGCUCAUAGAGAGAAGCGUUAUCCAGUCAACGAUGGAUCCAACACUUGCAUUCAAUGAACCAAGCUCUGAGGUUUUAAAACAAAAUCUUGCAAUUUGUGAAACUAGAUUUUAUGAGAGAAAACAUUACAUGGAGUUCGGCAUACUUAAGAUGAGCACAGAAGAAAAUGAUUAUAAUAGAAUGCUUUGGUUAAAACAGAUAACAAGAAUAUAUCGAUUGUUAUUGAAAAAGAACAAAGAAUUCUCUUCUGAUGGUUUGAAAUGGGCAGAAAAUCUUUCAGCAGAAAUCCAAAAAAUGAAAACUAGUACAGCUUAUCCAAGUUUAAUGAUAUCACUUGGAGAUUUAUAUUUUGCCCUAGGUCAAAUAUCGUCUGCAGAAUGCUGUUUUAGACAAUUUAUUCCGAAAUUAGAAGAUAAAGGAAAUGAAAAAUCGAAUCUUAACAAAUAUCAAAGAAGAGCUUGUAUAAACUAUAUCAAAUGUCGCAUCCAGAACUACAACGAUAAAAAUAAUGACUUAGAAACACGUUCAAAGAUUUUGGCUUAUAAGAUAGGAUUGAUAAGUCAUACCAGAGAGCUGAGAGAAAUGGAAAAACUUGAAAACAAUUUGAAUCAAAAACUUGAAAAUUAUGAAGACCUUUAAGUGAUUCUUCACUGACAUCGUGACAGUUUAUAAAUGUUAGUUCCUGUUAAAUGAUGACAUUAAAUCAUAUUAAAACUUGAUAUCAUUUACAGGUAGCGCCUAAUGCUUAGUGAAUUUCUAUAGUUGAAUGAAUGAUAUAUAUGUGAAUACUUUGACUUUAGAUAUAGUGUGUACAUUUAAUGAAAAAUGUUAGAUAUAAUUAUAAACAGAAAAUGGUAAUUUCUUAACCUACCACUUGUAAUACAUCUGCUUAAACAAACAAUAUAAAAAAGAUGUGGUAUGAUUGCAAAUAAAACCACUCUCCACAAGAGAUCACAAGAAUUAACAGCUAUAGAUCACUGUAUGGCCUUCAACAAUCAGAAAUAACAAUGUAAAACAAUUCAAACGAGAAAACUAUUGGCAUAAUUUAUGAACAAAAAAUAAACGAAAAACAAAUAUGUUACACAUUAACAAACGACAACCUCUGAAUUACAGGCUACUAACUUGGACAGGCACAUACAUAUAGCAGAUUGUUGUAUUAAACAUGUUAGCGGUACAAAAUAUGAACGAACUAUAAAAAUCAGUUGAAAAAAGGCUUAACUAAUCAGAUGUAUACAAAAACUACAGAUACAAGUAGACGUUACCGGGUACUUAUGCACUAGCCAAACGUAAGUACAGAUCUGAGAGUACUGGCAGUUAAUGACAGCUGGUUCAAAGUCACUAACAACUAAUAACAAAAUCAGGAAUCAAAGACUGAAUUAUCCAUUUUCCUUAGUCAAAGGUUAGUUAACUACAACAAACUUUCCCUCUAGAAAAUCUUUGAUCAGGUUUUAAACUGGGCUAUGAUUUAAUUUGUGUAUUCAGCAUUUUGAAUAUUUGUGUCUUGCGAU